GCGGAUUUGCUGUUGUAUAUUCAGCCAUUUUGGAAGGAGAAGAGCGCGCAUUAAAAAGUUUAAAUAAUAACUUGGGUUUAAAUGAUCAAGAAUUCAAACAAUUCAGUCGUGAGCUUAUACUUCUUUCUACCAUCGAUUAUCAUCCUAAUAUUGUAAAAUUCUAUGGAGUUUCAAGAGAACCAACAGGAAAUUUUAUGCUGGUGUUACAACUUGCCAAUAAUGGAAAUCUACGUGAUUAUUUGCGAAAUAAACAAACAGAAGAU